GCAGAGAUGGCAGAGGCUAUUAACAACAGUAAACCAUCAUCCUCGAAAACGAAAGGCAAAGGCAAACAAAUUGAAGACGUUGAGGCUGAUGAUAUAACUCAACCGUCUGAAAACCUGAGCUCGAGGGAACAA